UUAACUAAAAUAAUUUGUUAGAAAUUAUAAUUGGAAUAAUGCUGCAUACAUGCAAUUUCCAUUUUGGCAACGAAAUUGUUGCAAAGUUUAGGAUUUUUACAAAAUUUGUUUUGUUUUUGUCGUUUUAGAUUAUAACUUCUACAAUUUAGAGAAUGCAAAUGGCCUACCAACUGAGUACAUAUCAUUUCUGCAACAUGAUCAAACAGGACAUCAUCUGCAUAAACGUGAUACCGUUAACAACCUUGCAACCACUAACAAUGACACCAAAUCGGAGCUUCCCAAUCAGCCUGCUACAAACGUGGAGGCACCGAGGAUUUUACCGUCACCGCCUUCCAAAACAAACAUAACCAAACCUGAGGAAGCUACAAAAUCUUACCCAAUUGCAAAUUCGACAAAGGUUUCAAUGACUGAGCCAACACCACAAGCUAAAGAAAUGAAAGAGUCCAAGACUCCUAAAAAAGUAGUGUCGGUUUUUCCAAAUGUACAUGUGGAGGAAGACGAUGAAGUUUCGAUCAAUAAGUUUGCCGAUCCUUCUUUUAACUUUAACAAAACCCUGCAAGAGAAUAACAUUAGUACAAUGCAAAAUGAUACGCAUAUUUAUUACAACAGUUCGUUCAGAGUAGACGACACCGCAUCAAAACUUUUUUGGGUUGAUGUCGACAAGAAAGUUGAUAUGAAAAUCAGUGAUUUAUUAUCGAAAUCACAUCGACGUGCAGCAACUGUUAGACUAUCUUUUGAUUUUCCAUUCUACGGGCAUUACAUUAGGAAUGUAACCAUUGCAACCGGUGGUUUUCUCUACACUGGCGAUUAUGUCCACUCUUGGUUGGCUGCUACGCAAUACAUUGCUCCGUUGAUGGCCAAUUUUGACACUAGUUUGUCUAAUGACAGUUAUAUAAAGUAUGUUGACAAUAAAACUGCAUUCACGGUGCUCUGGGAGAAUGUCGUGCUGCAGGACAAACCUGACGAUGGCAAGUUCACGUUCCAAACGACCUUACACAGCAACGGCGACAUUGUAUUUGUGUAUCAAAACGUUCCAUUGAUUAUUGAGAACAUUCAGGACCGUCAUCAUCCUGUAAAAAUUGGCCUAUCAGACGCCUACAUCAUUGAUCGCACCAUUUUCUUUAUGCGACGGAAAACCAUUUACGAAUAUCAUCGCGUCAAUUUCCGAAAAGAAGAUAUCAAGAACGGAACAGUCAUUUAUUUGAGUGCGUUGGCAACUUGUCCAAUUCUCAAGAAUUGCACCGCCUGUUUGACUAAAUCUUUAGCCAAUUUUCAAUGUUCAUGGUGUCCAUCAUUGAACAAAUGUUCUAAUGGUUUGGAUAGAAGUCGUCAGGAAUGGUUAACAAAGGGUUGUGAUAAGAGACAGGUGAAGAACGACAGCGAGUGUGGCCAACCAUAUUCGGAAGCAUUGCCUGAUGAUCACGAAGUUGCUUUUAAUAAUCACGAUAGUAGUUUUGAUCCACUUGAUGAUCCAACCAAGGGAUCUCGAGUGUCGGAUGUUCUUAGUCCGGAUUCACAAGCGGUACGGAUGGGGGUCUCCAGUGUUAUGGCGAUACUUUUCUUGGUUUCGCUCUUGUCUGGAAUUGUUAUAUGGGUGUUCUACGCGUUUAGGAAUCCGCAUACUACAAGUGGACAAAUUUUAAUUCGGCUGACAAGAAAAGUCAGAAGUAUAUCUGGAAAAUAACUUGUUAAUACCGACCAAGUCAGUGGAGUUGGCGACGAGGAGAAGCCCGUUACACCGCUGCAACGAUACAUAUGUGAUCAGAUCUUAUUUAACUUCAAGAAAAAAAAAUGAAUAUUGCAGUCACCAUUCACACACGACAUUCCAACGUAAAUAAAACUAAUGAUGAAGAUGAUGAUCGCGAUGCAAUGUGUCGUCAUGUGAUAAAUUUUUAUCGUUAAUACCUAACUAUCGAGCAAUAUUAAUGGAUUACAUACUUUAAAAACCUUGAAGGUGCCUUGUUGUCAUCGAAAACAUUUAAAGCGGACUAAAAGAUAUAACAUCAUUGAACAUUGUUAAUAUUUUCUAUAUUAUUAGAUGGAUUAAUAUCAAAGAAAUCGAACUGUAUUUGUAACGUAAGCUGUCCAACAAUUGACAUCAUUGUUAAAUAAUUUAUCUUGUUAUGAAUGUAAAUUGAAGCAAUUGGAAUCAAAAUACGAAAUUUGGGUUUAAAAAUAUUUAGUAGGCGCAGAAGACGAUCCUAGUUACUAUUAUUAUGUAUUUUUCUAUUUGUGUACAUAGCUAAUUGUCGUAAUUAUUUAGGCUAUUUUAUUUUUUAUAAUUGACUAUGUAUUUAAUGUUGUCGGUCUUUCAUCGAGUUACACAUCUAGGUUGUAAAUCAUUGGCAUAACCGCAUAUGUAUUUUGAUUUAAAUCCUGAGUAAAUAAUUUACAAAUUA